AUGGCCCCUCGCCCCACCGGCUGCGCAAAUGCCCUUUAUUUCCCGCCCGCCCCGAUCCGGGCUCCCGCCCGCCCCGCCCCGCCGCGCCUGCGCCCAGCGCCGCUUCCUGGUGCCGGGGCCGGGGCCGGGGCCGGGGCGAUGGCGGGGCCGGGGCUGUGGGCUCGGGGGGCGGCGGGCGGGGAGGGCGCGGCGGCGCGUCCCGGGGCGCUGGAGGAGGAGAUCGUGUCGGAGAAGGCGGCUGAGGAAAGUCACCGGCAGGACAGCGCCAACCUGCUCGUCUUCAUCCUGCUGCUCACCCUCACCAUCCUCACCAUCUGGCUCUUCAAGCACCGCCGCGCCCGUUUCCUCCACGAGACCGGCCUGGCCAUGAUUUACGGGGUCCUGGUCGGCGUGGUCCUGCGCUACGGCAUCCACGUCCCCAGCGACGUCAACAACGUCACCCUGAGCUGCCAGGUGCAGACCAGCCCCGCCACGCUGCUGGUCAACGUCAGCGGGAAGUUCUACGAGUACACCCUGAAGGGGGAGAUCAGUGCCCAGGAGCUCAAUAACGUGCAGGAUAACGAGAUGCUGAGGAAGGUGACUUUUGAUCCUGAAGUAUUUUUCAACAUUUUGCUUCCUCCAAUUAUAUUUUAUGCAGGCUACAGCUUGAAAAGGAGGCACUUCUUCAGAAACUUGGGAUCCAUCCUAGCAUACGCUUUUCUCGGCACUGCAAUUUCCUGCCUGGUGAUCGGCUCUGUGGUGUAUGGCUGCGUGGCACUGAUGAAGGUCACUGGGCAGCUUGGGGGAGACUUCUACUUCACUGACUGCCUCCUUUUUGGGGCCAUCGUAUCAGCUACUGACCCAGUGACUGUUCUUGCCAUAUUCCAUGAACUCCAGGUUGAUGUUGAGCUGUAUGCCCUUCUCUUUGGCGAAAGCGUCCUCAAUGAUGCCGUUGCCAUAGUGCUGUCUUCUUCAAUUGUUGCGUACCAGCCGGCAGGCGACAACAGCCACACGUUUGAUGUCACAGCCAUGUUCAAGUCCAUCGGGAUCUUCCUGGGGAUAUUCAGUGGAUCUUUUGCAAUGGGAGCAGCCACUGGAGUCGUGACAGCUUUAGUCACCAAAUUCACCAAACUUCGGGAGUUCCCGUUGCUGGAGACUGGCUUGUUCUUCUUGAUGUCCUGGAGCACAUUCCUGCUGGCUGAAGCAUGUGGAUUUACAGGUGUGGUGGCUGUACUCUUCUGUGGGAUCACACAGGCCCAUUAUACCUAUAACAACUUAUCUACAGAGUCCCAACACAGAACUAAGCAGUUGUUUGAGCUUCUGAAUUUCUUGGCAGAAAACUUCAUCUUCUCCUACAUGGGACUUGCACUGUUCACUUUCCAGAACCACGUCUUUAACCCUACCUUCGUAGUGGGGGCUUUUCUUGCUAUCUUCCUAGGAAGAGCUGCCAAUAUUUACCCACUGUCAUUUUUACUGAAUCUGGGGAGAAGAAAUAAGAUUGGAACAAAUUUACAGCAUAUGAUGAUGUUUGCUGGGCUGCGAGGAGCCAUGGCCUUCGCCCUGGCCAUCCGCGACACGGCCACCUACGCCCGGCAGAUGAUGUUCAGCACCACGCUCCUCAUCGUCUUCUUCACCGUGUGGGUUUUCGGCGGGGGCACCACGGCCAUGUUGUCCUGCCUGAACAUCCGGGUCGGUGUGGACGCGGAUCAGGAGAAUGUGGGCGUCCCGGAGAGCGAGAGGAGGAGCACGAAGGCAGAAAGCGCCUGGCUCUUCCGCAUGUGGUACAACUUUGAUCACAACUAUCUGAAGCCUCUGCUGACACACAGUGGUCCUCCUCUGACCACCACACUCCCGGGGUGCUGUGGGCCUAUCGCCCGGUGUCUGACGAGUCCGCAGGCGUACGAGAACCAGGAGCAGCUGAAGGACGAUGACUCUGACCUCAUUUUGAACGACGGGGACAUCAGCCUGACCUACGGGGACUCCACGGUCAACACCGACUCGGUCGCGCCCGGCGGCUCGUCGCGGCGGUUGGCGGGGAACAGCUCGGAGGACGCGCUGGACCGGGAACUGGCUUUUGGGGACCAUGAACUCGUGAUCCGGGGAACACGCCUGGUCCUUCCCAUGGAUGAUUCGGAGCCGCCGUCCAACAUCCUGGAUAACGCAAGACAUGGCCCAGCAUAAGGUGGCUCAGUUUGAUUGACAGUAAUAUUUGCGUAUAUGAUCAAAAAAUAUGUACUACCUAAAGUCUAAUGCAUGUCUCAAAAUGUCUAAGCUGUAUAAAUAUUAUUUAUAUGGUGUCAGAAGAAUAUAAAUAUUCUCUGCCAAGCACUUGUAAAGAACAAGCUGCAAAUUUAAGUUAAAAACUGUGUUGACUGCACUGUGUAGGGUGGAACUGUUUUAGCAUGAGAGUCUUUUGCACACAGUGAGCUUCUUUAAAGUGUGAUUUGAUGAAAGGUUGAGUUCCCAGUGUGGAAAGUAAAGGAGCUGACUCCCUGUGCAUCCUCUGAGCCCCUGAGAGGAGGGUAGGGAGGUGCUGUUGAGCAGUGGAAAUCGCUUUCUGUUCAGAUGAGGAUUGUUUUGUUGGGGUUUGUGGUUUUUUUUUUCAGUCUCUGAUCUUUGGAUGGUCCCAUUUGAAAUAUCAGCGAAAAAUCUGUCCACAGACCCUCUCGCCAGGCAGCAGCUGGUGAUAAACUUGUCAGCUGGGACCUGAAGACCUUCUGCUUUUUAGUGACCCCUGCCCAAGGCCUGAUUUGGGGGCUAAUGAUGGCAGGCACUGGCCAAAGCUGAUAGCAAGGACUGCAGAUGUCUGGCUGCUCAGAUGGGAGCAGGAGGGAGGGAUGGCUUGUGUCCGUAGUCACGUUUAGCAGAAGGAGGUGACCCCACAGAAGCUACCCCAGGUGCACACAGAUUUUAGGGCUGAGUCCAUCUUUUCAGUUGUGGCUCAAGCACCUUUCCAGAACCAGCCAUCAAGUCCUCAACUGGCAACUAAAUUGCACGUUUGGGAAGCAACCGUGUCUUUUGUGCGAGCCAACCCCUUCUCCUGCAGUCGUGGACAUAGCUGAGAUGUGCAGAGCUACUGCAGCUGGACAUGGGGUCGUGGAGCCUGGCCAACCUCCACCACAAGCUUUACAGCUACAGAUUAACACGGUACCUUCGGGCCUCUCCAGGGAGCAUCCAGAUGGUACUGAAGGGGAGUUGUCCGUCCAUCCUCCUGUAGAGUCAAAAAAUCAUUGCACUUUGUUUAAUAACUCCUUAGCAUGCUGUGUGUCUGUGAUCCCCACCCCAUCUCUCUCUCUCUCUCUCUCUCUCUCUCUCUCUCUCUCUCUCUCUCUCUCUCUCUCUCUCCUGUCUCUUACCACUUAAUGAGAAAUGUUUGCGAGUUGACUUGUUUUGUUGUGUCUAGGUUUUUAAUUUUCAUUCUGGUUUCCCGAGGAAGAGCACAGAACAAUUUGCGGUUUCACACUAGUGUUAAAGGAUUUACUCUCUAGUUAUGGGAAUGGCUAAAGGUGCAGUGGAAUUGUUAACCCUGGCAUCCUUCUUUUUCUCCUGAAAAGGGGGAAUCAUAGAAAUUUACUGUAAGUAAUUUUAUUGUCUAUUUUAGCUGCAGUUUUGCUAUACAAACCUUUCAGGGUUACUGGUGCACUACAGGCCUGUCCUGGAGUUAAUCAUCUCCAGGGGGCUUAAAACAGAGGUGUUUAAAAAGAGAAUAUAUGAAAAAGAGCCAUGUGAGUCUGAGCACUCACAGCUCCCAUUAGUUUUCCUUGGAACAAACUCUGCAUCUCUCAGGAUCUGACCCUGAGACCUCAGAGCAGUGUCCCCAGGUCUGUUUUCCCCAGCACCACCUGAGAGCUGGAGGAAACAGGAGCUACUGAAAUUCUGCGUGUGUGUGUGUGUGUAUAGUUGAGAAAAUAAAUUUACACUUUUAUGUUUUGGUUUUUUUUUUAAUUUUCUCAGGUCUCAGUAACAUUGCCUUAAAUUUACGGAUAUGAAACCAAUUCUUUUUGGCUGUUUAUCCCCAAGAAAAUGCUUUCUUUUUCCUUCUGAUCAAAAUGUCCAAGUGUUGCCAUAGGACCCCUCCAGAAGGGGGGUGUGAUGCUCUGUUUAUAGUUGCACCAGUAAAUGGCAGUCUCCUGUUAACAUAGCUGUUGGAUUAGUGCUAGCCUCUUUGUUUCCUGCCAUGCAGGAAUUCCAUAAAGUGUGCGUUUUAUAUGAUGUCUGUAACUUAACUUCAUGUGUUUAAAAAAAACAAACCAAACACCCACAAAAAAAGGAAAAAAAAAAAAAAAAGGUAGGUACCUGUUGACUUUAGGUUUCCUGCAUCACUUCUACAUCCUGUUUUUCGUUUGUUUUGCCUUUUCGAAGAGGUAUGAUAAAUAACUGCCUUUUGUUUUUUCCUGUAUAAUCUGACUAUGAGUUCAAUUUACGAAGCUGGUGUGGGUGGAGGUGCAGGAUGGUUCUGCUCCCCCUGAAAGCCCAAGGUCCCAUGGCAGGGCUCCCCCCUCCAGGCAAUCCCCAGCUGAGGUGCAAAUUUGCAGCCAGCCACAGUGGAAUGUUUUCCUGUAGCCUUGGGAGCAUUCCUCUCUUUCACUGACCCUUCCACUUCAAUAAAUUAUCCACUCUCUUUAGUCUUGCCAACACAUUACCAUAAGACUCAGCUUUUGACAACAGUGACAGUUGUUAGUACGUUAAAGAAAAAAACCCAACAUUGUUAACAAAUGAUGAUUUUAUGGGUUACUCUUAUGGUCCAUGCGUAUAUAACCAGGACUGCUUUGAAUAGUCUUGUGAAUGAAUGAAUCAAAGCUGAAAUUCAAAAGUAAUUUAAUAAGUUACUCAGAUUAAUCCUCAACUGAUUAUUUUCUUUGUCCUGCUGCAGCAGAGAAUACACUAGUGCCUGGUUUUCAGAUGCAGAGCCCUGAUGGCUUUUGUGCUGCAGAUGAAGUUAAGGGUACCUUGAAGAAUCAGGCCCUGACACCUUUUGCCAAAUAGAUCAGACAGCCCUGAGGAGGCAGUUCACAGCUCCCAGGAAGAUUUAGAAAAGGUACCCUUUUGUAAAUUGAAUUUUCAUGGUUUUUGCACAUGAAAAAGCAUUGUAGGUAAAGUUAUGAUUUGUACUAAUACUGUUGAUUUGUGUGGUAAACAGCAUUAAGUCUGUAGUUGUGGUGUUUGUGCAGCUGAUCUGUGAUAGCUGAUGAUCACUAUUGGACCUUCUGUUUACACUGACUAAAUCCUUUACUGUUGCGUUGUACUGUGAAAGAAGGAUUAUGGGCCUAUAAAGGAUUUUUUUUUUCCUGGAA